AUGCAGCGCCGAUCUCACCCCGACGAGCGCGCCGUGCUGCCCACCGUCGCCCGCAGCGGCCGCGCCUCGCCCUUCAGCAGCCCGCACGCCAUGCCGCGCCGCAUCUCGCGCCCGCUGCUGCUCCUGCUGGUGCUGGGCGUCCUCGGGCUGCUCGUGGUCACCGCCAAUUUCAUGUUCACGUGGCGCGCCACGUCAGUCGCCCGCGCGCGGGCCGAGGAGCACCUGGCCAGUCUGCGCGAGAACGCGGGGGCGACCAACACUCUGGGCAACGCCCACGGCAACGCCCUCAAUGCAGCGGACGGCCAGGCGCCGCCCGCGCGCCAGCCGCAGGACGAGUUCUCGGCCGACGACGUCCAGCGCAUGGAGAAGCAGCUCGUGUACACGAUCCACCAGGUGGCGCAGCGCACCAGCGAGCCGCGCGGCAUCGUGCUGCCCUUGUUCGACGGCAUUGCCGCUCUGGGGCUGUCGAUUAUCAUGGAGCUGCGCGCCUUUGGCGUGGACCUGCCAAUUGAAGUGCCGCACUGCGGAGACCUGAAGGAGUCGCUGCAGCGCACUGUGCUGAGCAAGGAGGACAUGGGCGUCAUCCGCUUCUACGACGUGUGCGAGCUGGCCUCCAAGACCGCCAGCACGCUGGACGCGUCGCGCAAGGUGUUCUGCCAGAGCCUGCGCAACUGCCACCGGUCCUACCGCUCCUUCGACGUCAAGCUGCUGGCCGUGACCUUCUCGCAUUUCGAGGAGCUCAUGCUGCUGGACGCCGACACGCUCUUCUUCGAGAGCCCCAUGUCGCUCUGGGACACGGACAAGUACAGGAACACAGGCACGCUCUUCUUCCACGACCGUCUGAGCCAGGACAACAUGUUCCUCGGCAACCGCAUCCGCGGCAACGCGGACGUGAGCGAGCUGAACCAGUACAUCUCGCGCUUCGACGUAUCGCCGUUCGCACCUCUGGGCAACAUUGAACGACCAAAGGCUACGAGCGAGAACAAGAUCCCCGUGGAGCUCAACAACUACUCGCCGAGCGAGCACCUGCUGACGAGCCACUCGUGGAAUCACCGCGCAGGCCACGAGAUGGACUCGUCGCUCGUACUGUGGAGCAAGAAGCGCCAGCCGCGCGCCACCGCCAUUCUGGCGGCGUUCGCGGCGCUCAAUGGUAUUGGCCGCCCGCCUUCCUAUGGCGACAAGGAGCUCUUCUUCAUCGCUGUGGAGCUUGCUGAGACACAGUACUCCUUCUCCGACUUUGGCGUUGGCGGCGUGGGCUGGGACUUCCGGGACCACGGCCCGGGCAAGUCGGUCGUGUGCGGCCACGCGUCGCACUACUACCCGGUGAAGCCGGCGGACCUCAGCACCGCCGCAAACACCAGCGUGUUGUACCUGAACAGCGACGCCAUCCUCGAGUACGACCCCAAGAAGAAGCCCGUAUACUACAGCCAGGCGCGGCUAUACGAGGUGUACGCGGGCUCGUUCGUGGAGCGCGACCUGCCUCAGGAAUGUCCGUUCGACGUUACGGGCGUGCGCUUCUCUUCUGACCAGGAGGACCGCAUGCUCUUGCGCCAGCGCUUCCAUGAGAUCGCCACGGCGUGGAUGGAGGAGUAG